AUCAUUGUUUAAAUGGCUCUUCAGAAUCUAUGUGCUUCCUCUCAUUCUUAGUGCCCCCAUGACCAUCUACACAGAACAAGAUUUAUACAAUUAUGUUGUACCUAAGCCCUGCACCAAAAGAGUACCCAUUCUUCCUUUUGUUACCGGAGCAGGAGUGCUAGGCGGACUAGGUACUGGCAUUGGUGGUAUCACAACCUCUACUCAGUUCUACUAUAAACUAUCUCAAGAACUAAAUGGUGACAUGGAAUGGGUCGCCAACUCACUGGUCACCUUGCAAGAUCAACUUAACUUCCUAGCAGCAGUAGUCCUUCAAAAUCAAAGAGUUUUAGACUUGCUAACUGCCAAAAGAGGGGAAACCUGUUUAUUUUUAGGGGAAGAAUCCUCUUAUUAUGUUAAUCAAUCCGGAAUUGUCACCGAGAAAGUUAAAGAAAUUCGAGAUCGAAUACAACGUAGAGCAGAGGAGCUUCAAAACACCAGACCCUGGGACCUCCUCAGCCAAUGGGUGUCCUGGAUUCUUCCUUUCUUAGGACCUCUAGCAGUUAUAAUAUUGUUACUUCUUUUCGGACCCUGCAUCUUUAACCUGCUUGUUAAGUUUGUCUCUUCCAGAAUUGAAGCUGUAAAGCUACAAAUGGUUCUUCAAAUGGAGCCCCAGAUGCAGUCCAUGACUAAAAUCUACUGCGGACCCUUAGACCGGUCUGCUAGCCCAUGCUCCAAUGUUGAUGACAUCCAAGGUACCCCUCCGGAGGAAAUCUCAACUGCACAACUCCUACUGUGCCCCAAUUCAGCAGGAAGCAGUUAGAGCGGUCAUCGACAGACCUCCCCAACAGCACUUAGGUUUUCCUGAUGAGAGGGGGAACUGAGAGAUGGGACUAGUUGGAUUUCCUAGGCCGACUAAGAAUCCCUAAGCCUAGCUGGGAAGGUGACAGCAUCCACCUUUAAACACGGGGCUUGCAACUUAGCUCACACCCGACCAAUCAGGUAGUAAAGAGAGCUCACUAAACUGCUAACUAGGCUAAAACAGGAGGUAAAGAAAUAGCCAAUCAUCUAUCGCUUGAGAGCACAGCGGGAGGGACAAUGAUCGGGAUAUAAACCCAGGCAUUUGAGCCAGCAAAGGC